CGAAGAAGCUACCAACGAGCUCAUUAACGAGGAGCUGGGCAUCGCAUACCCCAUCAUCGACGGCAUCCCGAACAUGAUCCCAGAGGCUGCCAGGACGACUCAGAAGAAGCCCCCAGCUGAGGGCUUGAAGCAGCCCUGAGGACCCACCAGCCGCAGCGGUAAACUGGGGCCGAUGGCUGGAGGCGGCAUGCUCCCCUCCCUGCCCACACUGACUGUACUUGUUCCCCUCCUGUCCCUAGCAGGCUUGUUUUACUCAGCCAGCGUAGAUGAAGCCUUCCCACAGGGCUGCACCAGCACAAACAGCUUAUGUUUCUACAGUCUCCUCCUUCCUGUUACAAUACCGGUUUAUGUAUUCUUCCACCUGUGGACCUGGAUGGGGAUUAAGCUUUUUAGGCACAACUAGUGCGAUCCAUGUGCUAACCCCUGGGCUUCUCUAAAGCAACACAGUUUAUUUAAUCUCAUCAGGUAUUGCAGCUGAUUCGAGAGAGUUCCGUUCUGGCACUAGUGACUGUCAUCUUUUUUCUAGUGGUAUCUAGAACAGUAUAAAGUCCUCUGCAGCAACCUAUUACUUAGUUACUGCUAAGGCAGAUAAAGAGGAGGAAUAACAAGAAGCACUAAUUCUUUGUAAUGUAUUCUUUCAAGAGUGUUGUGUGUUUGUAGUGGCACUAAUGGAAAUCUUGCAGGUGGUGAUCAUUUUUACGAGGAAGAACUGUACCCUGACUGAAAUAACUGAUCUUAAAUAAUAAGCAAUGACAACAUGCAGCAAUAUUAAUCUCUCUUUGAAUUACGAGCUUUGGGUUUGUUUUGAACUGAUGUGUUUAUUGAGAUGUAUUUGUCUCACUGUCAGAAGAACAUAAAUUAGGCUGAUGUUUAAUAACAAAAUGAGUUAAAUGAAGAAAUUUACUUGGAUGAUACCCAUGUCUGUACAUCCAGUAGCUGCUUGCUUGCCUUUCUUUUUAUUUUUCUAAGAAAAAGAUGGGGAAGUGACAGCGCUGCAGAAAAGAUGUACUUGUGCAUUUGGGGGUUUUGUGAGAGUGGCCUACAACAUAUUCCAGUGUCUGCUUAGGAGAUGUAUGUCCCUGUACUAUUUGUUAAAUGUGUCUGAGUGCCCAAGUUUGAUAGCCAGGCUGGGUCACCUUCGUUCAAGAGGCAUCUCCUGACAGGUUAGAGGCAAAAUAACUCCAGCUGAGCCCAGGAUUUGGUAGCCAAGUCGGCAGCUACAAAUGCUGUAUAAGUAUGCAGAGUAUCUUUCCCCUUAGUACUAUCCUCCUCAGUAGAGAGGGAACAGAAGAUGGUUCUGCUAAAUACUUCAACCUUCCCUGUUUUACAGCAACACUAGAGAAUGGAGUGACAGACCACUAUGAGGGUGUCGUGCAAGGUUCUCGGUACUGUCUGACAAAAUGUCUUAACAGGAUGCAGCUAUGAAGGGGACAGGUCAAUGCUAUGAUAAUCUAUUACAAGGGUUUCUCUUUUAUGUUUUGUUACUGGGUGGUUUACAUCUGCAACACAGACACAUGAAUGUCCUUUACCUGCUGAAAAAUUCAGAAACGCAGCACCAAGUUGUAAACACUGCAGACCUCAGUGUCUCUUGGUGGGAUGCUAAUAAUGCAGUCAAAUUGAUCAGGCUGCUGCUGGGCAAAUAAUGCUGCGAUGCACGGUAUGAAAGGCAGUGCCCACAAGACGUGUAUUCGAAGGCUGACUAGGUAAGUGCAGCUGUUUGUCAGGGCUCCUUGUACAAUCAGUGGAGAGAGACUCUGGAUCUAGAGGACAGUACAGAGCACAAGCCUUAUUGCCUCUGUAAAUAAAUGCCUCUUUCAGCUGAUGUACUGAGGAAGGGGGAAGGAAAGGUAGCCCUAGGAGCCAUUGUGAAUCUUCUCCUAAGUGUACAGGAAGGAAAAGCUUUGAGAGCUCUGGUUGGCAAGAAGGCUCACUUAGAAAGAACCGGAACUGGGUAAUAGGGCACUGAGGUUGAUAGUUCCUGCUGCACAGGCGUGGUGCCGGACUCUGACAGCCCUUGUGUCAGUGACUGAUACGGCACAUGGUCCCGGAGCUGAGCUCCCUGUUCCCACGUCAGCCAUCUAACGGCUUUUGCAGGACAGGGCUAGCACUGCGAUACCUGAAGAAAAUAUGGCUGGCAUAACCUUUGGGUUUGUGUGGAA